UGAAGCUAUGGACUUUCUUUAUCCCAAAGACAUAUCGACCAAAAACUUUACAACGAAGAAUAAGUUAUACUGGAAGAUUCUUACAGAUCGUAUAUGGAAAGUGCUUUUUAUGCUGGCCUUCUGUUUUGGAUUCUAUUGCUGGAUAAAUAUAAGAUGGAGUACUUGGUAUGGGACUCAAUUAGAACCUAGAUGUCAAGUUCCUGAAGAGGAGUUAGAAGAUAUGAGACUGAUUGGACGUCAAACAAAAGAUAUCCUUGAUAAGCAUAAUAUGACGUAUGCAUUAGGAUUUGGUUCAUUAUGGGGAGCUCUAAGACAUGGUGACAUUUUACCGUGGGAUAUUGAUAUUGAUCUUAUUGUUGUAUUGGAUAGAAAUUCUGACAUCAAAGGAACGAUUGAUUGGCUAAAGAAGGAGAUGGAAGCUCAGGGUAUGGAAGUGUAUUACCGAGAUUGGAUCGGUAUUAUCCAGGGUUAUUCUCCCGUCUACAAAUCACAGCUUGAUGUGACGUUUUGGUGUGACUACUACGGCACCGGGACAAUGUUCAGGUGUUCGGGGUGGGAACAGUUCAUCUUCUUUGUUAAUUACAGAUAUCAUUACAUCUUCCCAGCCAGACUUGUAAAGCCACCUCUUCCCACCCUUAAUUUUAUUAAUAGGUCGUGGCCAGUGCCGAGAAAUGGUAUAGAAAUACAGAAAAUACACUAUCCGAAUGAUUGGUGGAAGGUGGCUAAACCAAAGGGCUGUUAGGACCAAGUUUAUGUUGUAAAGUUGUAAUUUGUUGCUUACUCAUCAUCCCUGAACAUGCUUAAUAUGAUCCUGAUUCACGAGCUCCAUUCACCACCUUUAUCAUGCCUUAUCAGAUAGUAUCUUAAGUGAAUAUUACUUGCAUUAUUAGGAAUGAAGUACCUGUGGCGCUUUUAGGUUUUAGCCAAACGAAUAUCAUUGCAAUGGUUGCUUUUUACGUGUAAAUUUUAAAUUAUCAAUAUUUUAUCAUCUUCUUUUGUUUUUUCAUGUAUGGCUAUUGGCUGUGUAUAAUUUGAUUCUGUUCUAUUCUACGAACAAUUUAUUUUUGUAUCUUAAUAACUACUGUUAUGUUUUUAGAAGAAAAUGUUAAUUAUUUUAAUUAUUUUUGCAUGAAAGAUUUUGUUGUAUCUUAAUCAUUUUUUGUAUCUUAAUCAUUUUAAUUUUUUGAUUAUUUUAAUGCUUUUUAAUCUUUUGAUUCUUAUUUCUUAAUCUUUUAUUUUUCUAACUCUGAAGAAAGACUUUCAAAAAGCAGACAGAACCUUGAUAAUCUGAAUUUUAUGUCCUGAUAAUAUGACAUUCAUAUCUUUUUGUUCUUCUUAGAUUAAGUAUUGGAGCUUUUUAUCUUAUAAAUUUAUUCAUCUCAAUUAGGGGUCGUUCGCAUAUUACGUAAUCACUUUUUGAACAAUUUGUACCCCCCCUCCGUUAUCUAUUUUACACAUAGCUAUUGAUUACUAGCUUAAUCAUUUGGAAACCCCCUCCCCCCACGGCUGAUUACGUAAUAUGUGAACGACCCCUUGUGCUGCGCAGUUAAUCUCGAUAUAAUCAAUAAUAAUAAUAAAACAUAAUAAAUUGCAAACUGUAAACAAAUUGUUUUUG